UCGGUAUCACUCACCAUCAGACAACGGGAGUCACCGGCGCUGCUGAACACACUCGGUUUCUCACCCGACGCAAACGUUAAACUGGUCGGUGAAACGCUGCUUGUAGGAGCGUCGUGUCAGCGAAACGACAUGGGGGACCGAGUGGCUUUACUGCUGCUGGCGGUAGCGGCUUCGGCUCUGGCUGCCGAGGUGCCUACAGAUGUUUCUAUGGGUCUGUUGGCAGAGCCCCAGGUGGCCAUGUUUUGCGGUAAACUCAACAUGCACAUCAACGUGCAGAGCGGCAAGUGGGAGCCAGACCCCUCAGGCACCAAGAGCUGCAUCAGCACCAAGGAGGGCAUCCUGGAGUACUGCCAGGAGGUGUACCCAGAGCUCCAGAUUACCAACGUGGUGGAGGCCAACCAGCCAGUCAGCAUCCAGAACUGGUGCAAGAAGGGGCGCAAGCAGUGUCGCAGUCACAUGCACAUCGUUGUGCCCUACCGCUGCCUGGUGGGAGAGUUUGUGAGCGACGCCCUGCUCGUUCCUGACAAGUGCAAGUUCCUGCACCAGGAGCGCAUGGACCAGUGUGAGAGCCACCUGCACUGGCACACUGUAGCCAAGGAGUCCUGUGGAGAUCGUACCAUGAAUCUCCAUGAUUAUGGGAUGCUGUUGCCGUGCGGCAUCGACCGUUUCCGAGGAGUGGAGUUUGUGUGCUGUCCCGCUGAGGCGGAGCGUGACGCCGACAGUGCUGAGCAGGAUGCUGAUGAUUCUGAUGUCUGGUGGGGUGGAGCAGAGACUGACUACUCUGACAACAGUAUGGUGCGGGAGCCGGAGCCAGUGGAGCAGCAAGAGGAAACCAGGCCAUCUGUGGUAGAGGAGGAAGAGGAAGAGGAAGAGGAGGAGGUGACGCCCGAGGAAGAAGACGAGGAGGAAGAGGAGGAGGAGGACCUACUGGACAACGACCAGGACGGAGACGGAGAGGAGGACGAAGAGGUGGUGGAGGAAGAGGAGGAGGAGGAGGAGGGAGACGACGACAUUGUCGACACGCUCGACGACAACGAUGAUGCCGACGAGCCCACCACCAACGUUGCCAUGACGACCACCACCACCACCACCACUGAAUCUGUGGAAGAAGUUGUCAGGGAUGUGUGCUGGGCCAAUGCAGAGACAGGUCCAUGCCGGGCCAUGCUGCCCCGCUGGUACUUUGACCGACAGGAGGGCCGCUGUGCUCAGUUUAUCUACGGCGGCUGUGGAGGCAACAGGAAUAACUUUGAGUCAGAGGAGUACUGCCUGUCUGUCUGCAGCAGUGUCAUACCCACAGCCACACCCAGCUCCCCUGACGCUGUGGACCACUACCUGGAGACACCUAACGACGAAAACGAACACGCCCACUUCCAGAAGGCCAAAGAGAGCCUGGAGGCCAAGCACCGUGAGAGGAUGUCCCAGGUGAUGAGAGAGUGGGAGGAGGCUGAGAGGGAAGCCAAGAAUCUUCCACGUGCUGACAAGAAAGCCGUCAUCCAGCGUUUCCAGGAGAAGGUGGAGGCGCUGGAGCAGGAGGCGGCCAGCGAGCGCCAGCAGCUGGUGGAGACCCACAUGGCCCGGGUGGAGGCUCUGCUCAACGACCGCCGCCGCCUGGCUCUGGAGAGCUACCUGACCGCCCUGCAGCAGGACCCACCCCGGCCUCGCCACGUCUUCAGCCUGUUGAAGAAGUACGUGCGUGCCGAGCAGAAGGAUAGGCAGCACACUCUCAAACACUUUGAACACGUCCGCAUGGUGGAUCCCAAGAAGGCAGCCCAGAUUAGACCUCAGGUGCUGACCCAUCUGCGUGUCAUUGAGGAGCGUAUGAACCAGUCUCUGGGACUUCUCUACAAGGUGCCUGGCGUGGCCGACGACAUCCAGGACCAAGUUGAGCUCCUGCAGAGGGAGCAGGCGGAGAUGGCCCAGCAGCUGGCCAACCUGCAGACAGACGUGAGGGUGAGCUACGGCAACGACGCCCUGAUGCCCGACCAGGAGCUGGGAGACGGCCAGACCGACCUCUUGCCCCAGGAAGACACUCUAGGCCUGGCAGGAGUUGGUUUCAUCCACCCUGAGAUCUUCAACCAGCCCAACACUGAGAACCAGGUUGAGCCAGUGGACUCUCGCCCUAAUCUUGACAGAGGCAUUCCCACACGACCAGUGACUGGAAUGAAGAUGGAAGCUAUUCCUGAGCUGCGGAUGGAGACAGAGGACAGACAGAGCACUGAAUAUGAAGUUCACCACCAGAAACUGGUCUUCUUUGCAGAGGACGUCGGCUCCAACAAGGGUGCUAUCAUCGGCCUGAUGGUUGGAGGUGUCGUCAUAGCGACCGUGAUCGUCAUCACCUUGGUGAUGCUGAGGAAGAAGCAGUACACCUCCAUCCACCACGGAGUCAUCGAGGUGGACGCUGCCGUCACCCCCGAGGAGCGCCACCUGUCUAAGAUGCAGCAGAACGGCUACGAGAACCCAACCUACAAGUUCUUUGAGCAGCUGCAGAACUGAGGAGAAUGUCACAUGUACAUACACACUCUCAUACACACAACACACACACACACAGAUGUAAACACACACACACACACACAUGAACAUCUCCUCCCACAGAUCAUGCACCCCCCACCCCCCAUCCACCCCCCGUCCAUCCCCCCACCCUCUCCGACUAGUCCCACGUCUCUAAAAGGCAGUGUGGCUAACAUCAUGGAGUGACUGAAAUAGUCAGUUACGAGCAUAAGGAGCGACUGUAGCCAGGGGUUUUCUUUCAUUCUCGCCUGGGCGGACACUGUGGCCAAGCCAGUUUGCACCAAGUUUGUUCACUUUAUUGGAGCAAGACCCCUUUUAAUUAAAAAAUAAAAAGGGUGUUUUAUAUGUUGCUCCGUCUGGGCCUGCUGAUGUAUGGAAAAAGGCCCCGCCCAGUGCAUCAAAACAAACCCACCCAUAGGGGAAAGAAGUGGGUUCUCUCCACACUGAUUCAGGGCCAGUGUAUAGUUGGGGUUUCUUUUUGGCUUGGGAAAGUUUUAGUUGUGGAUUUAGUGUAGGCAAAUCUGACCACUGAUCAGUAGGAUAAGAGGCACACGCUGAACCUGGGCCUCGUUUACAAGAACUGGUUGCCUGCAGAUGAAUCAAUCAGUCAUUUCAAAACAUUAUUCAACAUGUAGACAUAUUCAUUUGUUUCUAUCAUGUUCUUUGUAAUGAUCAUAGAAUGAAAUAUAUUUAAAUCAAGCAACAGGACUUUUGUAAACGAGGCCCAGUGAUUCCCCUCCUACUGCACCACUACUGCACUCACUCUACAGUCUACACUGGAGUAUAAGUGAGCCUCCUCUCCCUCCCCUCCUCCUUCUUCAUCCCUCCCUCCAUCCUCUUUUCUUUGUGCAUUCUUACGACAGCUGGGCUGUGUUAAGUCACACAAGGCUCUUAAGGAUAUUUGGAAAUGCUGAUGAUAAUGAAUAUGUUGAUGACGACAGUAGUAACUAUGUAUUCUGAAUGAGCUGUUUUUAUUUUAGAGUUUUUCUCUAUCGUUUCCAGUUUUGUUUUUCAAAAAAGAAUGAAAACGGAGAAAAAAAAAAAAUCAGCCAAUGUAAAGUCCUUUUUUUAAAUUGCGUGUAAUGUUGCUGAAGUAAUGCUCAAGUCUUAGCUGUUCCUAUGUAGUGCAUGACAACAAUGACAACAGGAUUUGGAAAAACAAAAAAAAACAAAAAAAAAAAAACCAAGAUCUUAACGCUGCUCUCUCUUGAGAUCCUUUCUCACGUAUAGAUUGUCAUUCUAGCAAGAUUGUACAUUUAGUAUCUUCUCGUGAUCACGUGACUUCAAACAAUGAUGAAAAAUAUAUAUAAAUCUAGAUGAACAGGCUCUGCUUUGAUAUCAUGUAAAAUACACAUUUAAAUGAGAUCUGUGAUUUUGGAAUUUAAGUGUGUUUGUCAUUUCUCUUAUUAUUAUUUUUUUAAUACCAUGCUACGUUCCUGAAGCUACAGGAGGGGGGCUGGCUUCAUCUCUAUUUGUAUUUGAUUCUCAUUCACUGAAAUAUAUUGUGUUAAAAACCCUCAUGCAUCGGGGCUUUCAGACAUUACCCUAUUUAAUUUUUGCUUUUUUUUUGUUGGGUUCAUGUUAUUUGUGUUUUCUGAAAAGGGCCUGUUAUGGGGGUGAGGGUUAUAGGGAGCGGGAAGGGAGAUGGAAAAAUGUGUGAAGUCGGGAUGGGGGAGGGGAUUGGAUUAUCUCUGCGUGUGUGUGCUUUUGUCAUUUUCAGUCUGGUGUUUCGUCCAGUUGUAAGCCGACGCGGUUUCUCUUUCGUUUUGUAAUCAUUUUGCUUUCUGCUGUUAGAACAGGUGAAGUGCUGAGAGGAGGAGGAGGAGGAGGAGGAGGAGGAGGGGGAGGAGGAAGGAGGAAGGAGAGUGAGGUAGAGAGGAAAUGACUUGCAGUUCCGGAUGGAUAGCCAGCCAGGCAGGCAGUCUGUAUAUAUAAUGGAUUUUCACUUCCCCCAGUACCUCCCUUCCCCUCCCGCCCUCCUUCGUCUUCCUGUCCCUUCAGGCAUGCUCACCUCUCUGCCAUCAACGCACACUUGACUCCUCAGAGGCACAGCACUGGAGUCUGUAUAUAGAUAAUAGGCGUUCACCGUCGAGAGCUGAGAGCGAGUCGGGGCAAGGAUGUUAAAGCAGGGAUCAAAUAUUAGUCCAAGGUAAAUUCAAGCUUGUAGGCAAGAAUCCCCCCGUUCAUCUUCAUACAGUCAGCUCAUGUUAAAGAUUUGUCAUCAUCUCAACAUUACAGAAAGAAAUACAGCGUGACCUCUCACUCUGUUGAUGCAUCUAAUGGAGUAAGAUCUGUGAAGAAAUGAUGAGUAUAUAUAUAUGGAGGGUGCAGUGGGGUGGGUCCGUGGUUUUCAGAGGGUGCUCAUUCGAAGCCCAACAGAGGGCAGUAGAGUAGAAGAGGAAGCAGGAUUUUCUUUCUAUCUUUUUCUGUGGGUUAUAUAUUGGUUUUGUUUUCCACUGUGUAAUAUUGUGCAGGCCAUUUGCAUUGACUGGGAAAACGCUUUCUACACUGUAUUCCAUAAUAAAGUUUUGAAUGUACAUACAGA